AUGAAAAAACAAACAUCAACAAUUAAUAUUGUUGUAUUUGGGUCUGGUGGUGUUGGAAAAACUGCACUAAUUCAUCGGUAUAUUAAUUCUACUUUUAUAACUCAAUACGAACCAUCAACGGAUAGCUUAGAGCAUUGUAGCAAAAUUAUUAAUGACGUUAUUUGUACUAUAAAUAUCCAAGAUACUAGUGGAAGUGACCUCUUCGAAACAUUAAGAGAGUUGUAUGUGAGAAGUAGUGAUGGGGCUUUGUUAGUUUGUAGUGGCAUUAGUCCUUCUACUCUAAAUGAACUUCCAGAAUUUUAUAAUGUAAUAAGACGUUUUAAAUCUGAAGAGGACUGCAUUGUUGUAGUAGUUAUAAACAAAACUGAUUUAGAUUUAAUAAUUGACAUUAAAGAAGCAAAAAGAUUUGCUGAAUCAAUCAAUGCUCCUUGGAUUAAAACAUCAGCAAAAACAAAUAAUAAUGUUGUUGAAGCAUUUUCUAUAUUAGUUCAAAGAAUAUUAGAAAAAAAUCCUCCUAAAACUCCAAGAAAAUGUUUAAUAUUAUAA